ACGAAUAUUUGCAAUCGGAUUUUAUAUUUAAGAGAAAUGUCAAGUUUAUCUCUUCAGAUACUCAGUAACCAAUGAAAUAAUCCGUAUAUCAUCUAAAGAUAAAAUUAAGAUGUUCUUAAGUAUAAGAUCUGAUUACAAAUACUGGUCUAACUGUACGUAGCACUGACACAAAUAAAACAAUUUUACCGAUAGCACAGAAAAGUAAGUUGGAUGUAUUUUACAUUUAUUUCUUCAAAAGAAACGUAAAAAAAACUGUUCUCAGAUUAUUCUUCAGACCAUCUGUAAUGUAAGGUUUAAAUCGGAUCUUCUAUUUUAAAUUGACUUAGGUUCCAUUUCAGAUAUUUCGUAGCCAAUGAAAUGAUCCGUACACCAUCUGAAGAUGAACAUAAAGGCCCAUCUACAAUGGCCGUAAAAUAUGGCGGACUUCUUCUCCCGUCCGGUACUGUCAACAGUUCAAACAAUUUUAAAUCUUAGCUCAGAGUAUCCAUAAAAGUUAAAAUGAGCGGGAAUUCGCCGGAAUCAAACACAACAAGUUACUUUCAGAGGUUACGGCAACAAACACAUAAAAUCGACAAUGGUAUCGAUAGACUAUCUGAGAUUUGGAAAACGCCGCAUCUCAUGAUCGGUGGAUAUGGUGAACGUACCGCCGAGAUAGAUACACAUAUGAAGGAACUGUCGGAGUCUAUUUAUGGUAUUAACGAUAAAAUGAGGAAAUCAAGGAUGGAAAUAGAACUUUUAUUAAAGGAGACCGAUCAGUUUUUAGAUGAAACUCAAACAUUAUAUGAGGAUUUGAAAAUAAAAUGUCACAAUAUAGGUAUUGUUCUCGCAGAGUAUGGCUAUCAUUAUGAGGAACAUAAAGAUAGUAUUCUAGUAAAUGAUAAUAGAAAUGAUGAUAAAGACUAUACGGAUGAAAGCAUUUUAAACUCUAAAGAGUUGGAAGUUGAAUUUACACCAAACUUGACAUGGAAGUGUAAAGCUAAAUUCAAAGAGCCAGACAUGUUCACUUCAGACCAGAAAAAACCAGUUGUCAAGUCUAUCGCUACUCCUGUAAUUAAGCGUUUAGCAUCAGUUUCCCUAUCAGAAAAUAAUAAAAGGGAAAAUUCGUUAAUAAACAUGGCAGUUGCACAAAAACCAAGUAAAGUCACAAAAAAUUGAGAAAACAGUUAAAAAAAAUAAUUUCCAGUUUAUAUUUUUAUAUUUCCAUUUAUAUAUACCAGAUAGAAAGGCAAUAUAUAUAUAUCCUUACUUAUAAUGAUAUAAAGUAACAAAAAUAAGUUCGAUAUCUUAGCAAAUAAUUAUUAGUGAAGUAAAUAAGAUAUUAUUACAAUUAUAAUGUAAUAAAGGAAGUAUAAAGAGUUAAAAGGAGGACCCAAUUAAUAGGAACUUUCAAUUAAUAUCAAUAAAUUAUUUGCAUUUAUUAUUCA